AAACUGGGUUUCAUGGGAAGGUGGGAGGGAAAGAGGGACCGUAUUCGUGGGAGCGAGCGCGGCACUCUGCCAGCCUCGCUCCCCCAGGAGCAGGUCCGGAGCGACAUGGUGCGGGCUCACUGAGCACCGUCCCGCCGCAGUGACCUCUUCCACCUGGAGACACGUUCGUCUGAAGCAGCCGCCCCAACUGUAAAGCACUCGUUCCCCGAAUCCCUCUCAUCCCCCCGGACACCUGAUCUCCUCUCCAAGGGCUGCUCCGUUUUGCCCAGAAUCUGGCCCUUGCUAUUGCGAACAGGUAGGAUGAUGACAAAGCCUUUCCACUCGACUCCUGCCAUGCUCAAUGUCCCAGCCAAGAACUCCUACAGGAUGGUGAUUUUGGGAGCCUCCAAAGUGGGCAAGUCAUGUAUCGUGUCGCGAUUCCUCAACAGCAGGUUCGAGGACCUCUACACUCCCACUAUCGAAGACUUCCACCGCAAGGUUUACAACAUCCGGGGUGACAUCUAUCAGCUCGACAUCCUCGACACCUCCGGCAACCACCCCUUCCCUGCCAUGAGGAGGCUGUCCAUCCUGACCGGAGACGUGUUCAUCCUGGUCUUCAGCUUAGACAGCAGAGGCUCCUUUGAGGAAGUGCAGCGGCUGCGCAGGCAGAUCAUCGAGUGCAAGAUGUGCCUGAAGGACAAGACCAAGAAGGCGAUGGACAUCCCCAUGGCCGUGUGCGGCAACAAGGCAGACCGCGCCGAGCUGCACCGCGAGGUCCUGGCCGAGGAGGGCGAGCGGCUGAUCGCCGACGACGCCAACAGCGUCUACUUCGAGAUCUCGGCCAAGAAAAACGCCAACGUGGAGGAGAUGUUCCGCGCCCUCUUCAGCAUGGCCAAGCUGCCCCACGAGAUGAGCCCCUCCCUGCACCGCAAGAUCUCCGCGCAGUACUGCGAGGCUUUGCACCACAAGUCCUUCCGCCUCAAGCGCGCCAAGGAGCUGGGCGCCUUCGGCAUGGUGUCGCCCCUGGCCCGCAGGCCCAGCGUCAACAGCGACCUGCUGUACAUCAAGGAGAAGGUGAUGGGCCGAGGACAGCCCCGGGAGCGGGAGAAGUGUCUGAUCCAGUGACCGGUGCCCGGGGCUGGGGCUACCCCAGGCUUGGCUCCCCCUUCCGUACUCCCCCGCCCUCCCCCCUCACCCCCAGCCCACAGGACGUCAGAUUUCCACCAUCACCAUGCUCGAAACAGAAACUAGACACGCUGGCACUUUGUAAAUAAAUUGAAGUCCUUUCGCUGAAUGUCUAAUUGUUUCUUAGUGGGAAGCCAAUGGGGAGCUGCCAUUUAGCCCUGCCCACCAGCUGGCCCCGCCCAAUACCAUAACCCCACCCAUUCCCCCCUACCC